AAACUAGAUUACACCUCCAAGGCAUUAGGCCCUACACAUAGACCUAUUUAUACUCGCCACUAGUGGCGCUAUUUGGCCCAUGCUGGUUCGUGAAAUGUGUUGGAGGAGUGGAGAAAAGCGAGUGAACUCAGGCGCUGUACUGAAGGAGGUGGAGCCAGGGGUUGAGAGGGAGGAAAAAAAAAAUAAGUGAAGGGGGAAAAGAGAGAAAGCAGACACAACAGAAACUGGGGGAGACGGAGGACUAGCUGCGUCAGUCAUAUUUAUUUAAGAUCAUAUAGGCUUAAUAUCACCUGAAGUGCCGCGGUCGAGGAGGGGAAGACACCAAGAUGAUAACGCCCUAUUUCCUGGAAAAUUUCUGGGGUGAAAAAAACAAUGGCUUCGACGUCCUGUACCACAACAUGAAAAAUGGCCAGAUCUCUAGCAAGGAGCUCACCGACUACAUCAGAGAAAGGUCCACCAUUGAAGAGGCCUAUGGCAGAUCCAUGACCAAAUUGGCCAAGUCUGCCAGCAACUUCUCCCAGCUAGGGACGUUCGCCCCCGUGUGGGAGUUGUUUAAGAGCUCAACGGAGAAACUGGCCGGGUGUCACCUGGAGCUGGUGCGGAAGCUUCAGGAACUCAUGAAGGAAGUGCAGAAAUAUGUAGACGACCAGGCCAAAGCACACAAGAAGACUAAGGAGGAGGUGGCCUCGACGCUGGAGGCGGUGCAGAACAUCCAGACGAUCUCGCAGGCCCUUCAGAAGGCCAAAGAGAACUACAACAGCAAAGUACUGGACCAGGAGAGGCUGCGCAAGGAGGGGGCCACCACUCGCGAUGUGGAGAAGGCUGGAGUGAAGGCCAAGAAGGCCACUGAGGCCUACAAGUCUUACGUGGAGAAAUAUGCCACUGCCAAGACUGAGUUUGAACAGAGGAUGGCAGAGACCGCACAGAAAUUUCAGGGCAUUGAAGAGAACCAUAUCCUACACAUGAAGGAGAUUAUUCAGUCUUACUCCCGUUCUGUUGAAGAGACACACGUUCAGAUCGGAGAGGUGCAGAAAGAGUUUGUAAACAACAUCGAGAACACUUCAGUGGAGAGUCUCAUCAAGAAGCUGGCGGAGAGCAAAGGAACCGGCGUGGAGAGACCAGGUUCCAUUGAGUUUGAGGAGUGCAACGUAGCUGUUGCUACUGAGGGAAUCAAACCCAGGAAGAGAAAGGGCUUUGGGAUACCAGGACGACGGAAAGACAAAGACACAGACUCCACCGAGUCCACGGAAGGUGAAACAAACACUGCCAAUGGUGCUCCCCCAGGAUACUACGGAGCCAUCGAUGUUCAGAACGCUAAUGCGCCCCAGGUGGAUGAGGAGGGCUUCUGUAUCCGCCCAGAGCAGAACGACAAUGAUGCCAAAGAGAACUCCUUCUACUCGUCCAGCGACUCCGAGGACGAGGACGAGCCCAGAAAGUUCAAAGUGGAGAUCAAACCUGUGCAGCCCAACAACACCAACGAUCAGCACCGCGCCACUCUUGACCAGCUUAAGGCCUCCAUCAACAACAUCACACUCUCACCGUCCACAUCGGUUCAGAUGAGGAGGAACCAGUCCAGGGUGCCGAGGGGGCCCACACGCUCCUCUCUCACCUCCCUCACGCAGGCGCCCGGUGAUGAACUCGGGAGACCCAGGGGGAAUUUCAACGAGAACAAACUGGCCAACAACGACUUGCUGUCUCUGGACCCCUUUGGCCCUUCCCAAACAGCUGGCUCCGCCUCCUCGGUGUCAGCUGCCGCAGUGCCUCCUCCUAACAGACCCACCACUCCUCUAAAUGCGGGGGCUCUGGCUCCACCCCCUCCUCGCCCCUCAUCACGACCCAAACUACCAGCAGCCAAACUGGCUGGUAUCACAGAGCUGAGUCGGCCAUUCAGCCCCCCAAAGGUGACCAACUCCAGCCCGCCCCCCACGGCGCCCCUGGCGCGGGCAGAGAGCUCUUCGUCUCUCUCCUCCAACGCCUCAUUCAGUGCCUCCAACACUCCCACUGUGGAGGAUGAUGUGUUCAUAGGGAAGCUGCCCACCUUUGAGAAGCGCUGUGAGACACCAGCAGGGACAUCUCGUGGCCCGAGUCCAGUGACGCUGGCAUCCCAGGAUCCUUUGCCAAUUGCAGUGGCCUUCACAGAAUCUGUUAAUGCCUACUUCAAAGGGGCCGACCCCAGCAAGUGUAUUGUGAAGAUCACGGGUGACGUGACGCUGUCGUUCCCUAGUGGCAUAAUUAAGGUGUUCACAAGUGCGCCCUCACCUGCAGUACUCAGCUUCCGCCUCCGGAACACCAGCCGACUGGAGCAGAUACUCCCCAACCAGCAGCUACUGCACAGUGAUGCAUCCCAGAGUGACCCCGACACGAAGGACUUCUGGAUGAACAUGCAGGCGCUCACUGCCUACCUGCGCAAGACGGCCGAACAGAACCCCUCAGCGUCCUACUACAAUGUGGACAUCCUCAAGUACCAGGUGAACGCUAACGGGAUCCAGUCGACCCCCCUGAACCUGGCGGUGUACUGGAAGUGCACCCCGGUCACCACGGACCUGCGCGUGGACUACCGCUACAACCCUGAGGCCAUGGGGCACCCGGGCACGCUCGGCAACGUCCAGGUCCUGGUGCCCGUCGAUGGAGGUGUCACCAACAUGCAGUCACUGCCUGCGGCCAUCUGGAAUGCGGAACAGAAUAAGUCGCUAUGGAAACUGGGAGAUAUCUCGGAGAAGUCAGAGGAUGAAGGGUCAGGCUCUCUGAGGGCGAAGUUUGAGCUGUCGGACGGUCCGUCCACCCCGGCGACUCUGGCAGUGCAAUUCUUCAGUGAGGGCAGCACACUGUCCGGCGCAGACCUGGAGCUGCUGGGGGCGGGCUACCGGCUCUCCCUCAACAAGAAGAGGUUUGCCACAGGGCGCUACAUGGCGGACUGCUGAGGGGACGUCGGAGAUGCACCCAUGAAAUCAGACAGCCUCUCGGAGUUUUUUUUUUUUUCUCUACUUUUUCUGUCCAUCGUCAUCAUCCUGUCUUUGUGGGAGGGGAGCAUUGGACCUUACACCCCCCCCCCCCUUUCCCCCCACCCUCAGAACCCUCUCAAACACUUUUACCCCCAUACCCCCCUGUUACCCCAACCCCCACUCUCCCAUAUGCCCCUUGUCUUGGGCACAGAGAAGGUUAGAGGCACUGAUCCCUGUGGAGGCUGUCUGCGGAAGCAAGAGGAGAUAAAGCAUUAAAGAAAAGAUAGAAUGUCAGGAAAUUUUAAUAAUUCAAAAACAAAAGAGAAAAAAAUCUUUAAUACUUUCUGUGAUCUACUUGGGCUUUUAUAAAGUCAAAAUGGUAGGGCUUGUUUUGAUAUGUAUAGUUAACAAAUAAGUGUAAUAUGAAUCAAUGUAAAUGUACUGCAUAUCGUUGAAAAGAAAGCAAACAAAAAAAAAAAAAAAUACUGCACUAACAAUCGUUCCGGCCAUUUUGAUAGAAAAUGUUUGUUUCUGUUUGUGUCUAUGAAAAUUGAGUUUCACAGGACCUGGUGAGGUGAAUUUAUAAACAGGACAGGAUUUAAAUCAUGUUUCUUAAACAAACACCACUUUGUGCUCUUUCGAUACAUGUGUUUGCUACUUCCUGUCUUUGGAAAAGCCUCUUCCUGUUUUGUCUAUGACUGUUUCCCAUGGCCACAGUCUUUCAUAGAACACACCAGAGGUGCAUUGUCAUGGAAACUAAAGAGGGCUUGCAGCGCAUAGCUGCACCUAUCAGAAUCUAAUGAACUACAGAACUUUUUGUUUGUUUGUUUGUUUUGUCUGUUUUUCUUCAUAUCUCUCUUGUGUCAUCACCACCCACCACCAUGUGCAAUGCAGGUAGAAGCUUUGGGCAGUGAACUGGGUUUCUCCAGUGAAGGGCUCUCACCCGAUAGCAACGGACCCGGGCCACAUAAGGCCCACGUUUGGUCCAGCUGUGGCCCAGUUCUGUAGUUGCCAUCUGGGUCGUGUCAGUACAAGACCAAGCAAAAACAACCCACAUCACUGACCCCAGUGCCUCUUUUCUACACCUACAACACUUUUUGAUAAAGACCCCCUUUCUACGCUACACCUUUUAUACAGCUAAGCACAGCAGAGAAAGAAGCACAUUAAUUUUCUCUUUUUGUUUUCUUUUUUCCAACCUGUCUUUCUGCCAUUUCCCCCUCUGUGUCGCUCUGUCUUUGCUUCUUUGAUGUGCAAGUACCCUGUUCGUAUUUUCUUGGAUGUUGAAGGGAAAAUGUUGACUCCUGUCUUUGUUCUGAACAGUACAUACUGUCACAAACAGUUGUGCUAUUCUUCUGAUUUACCUAGAACCCCUUUCACCACAGGGGCUGUCUUGUGUUUCCUGUGCUGGAGUUGUGUGUUAGGUGCUAGGGCCACUUAGGUUGGCCUCUGAUCAUUUCACCGUUCUCCAAGUCCCAAGUGCCAAGACACAGAGACUCGCUCUGUGAACACCUGAGCUCACUCACCUGCGCCCACCUGAUACACCUCCCCAUCCUUAACUCACUGGGUCACUCUUGAAAAGGAACGAUGAGAAGAUGAAGGAGAGAGAGUGAGAGAGAGAUAUAGAAAAGAGAGGAGGAGGAUAAUGAAAGGAAGCUGCAAAAAGACAGCUCCAACGCAAAGAGAGAAGCUUUGAUGUGAAUGCUUGUAUCAGAAAUGGAUGGACGGAAACACUUGUACAUAUAGCCGUGUACUGUAACAGUUGAACACCCCCAUAGCCUUUUUGUAGACAGAAAAACAACAGAAAAACUAAAGCACCAGCAACCCUUAAAUCUGUAAUGUGGAGCAAUGAAGCCGUUCACACCAGGAAUGAUAACUAUAGCUAUGACAACUAUAACUAUAACGCUAAAAGCGUCCACACUGGCUAAUGAUAAGAUGAAUAUAAUGGCUAAAAUUUGAUGGAUUCUGAUUGGCUGUCAGCUUUUAUUGUUCUCAAAAUUGCUUUGAAAGUGAUCCCCAACGAUAUCGUUCUUCAUGUCAUUAUAGUUAUAGCUUAUGUGUGGACGUCGUCAUUCAUAUGAGCUAGAAUGAUAUUUGUUUAUAGUUAUCGUUAUAGUUCUCGAUCUUGGUGUGAACGGCCCUUAAGAGAGAAGGAGAGAGACUCAGCUGAGACUCCUCAGUCAGCUGUUUGGGAAAAGACCAACCAACCUUGUGGACUAUUUCAGAAGACAAGACAAAAAAUAGCACCACUGAAAUCAGUGCCUUUAAUCUACAUUUUUAAAAAAAUUGUUUACGUAACACACCUCUUGAAGUCCUCAGCUGAAAUCUGGGAGAAGCAUAUCGGCUGGUUAUCAUGAUAGCUUCUAGCCUUCUUUGGAAGACAACACUGGCUCUAUACCUGGACUUGAGUCGAGUGCUUUCCCCUGUGUGUUUGGGACAACUUGGUGAACAGAGUCACUGCAGAGGACCUGCUAGAGUGCGAUAGGCACUAUCCCAUAAUUCCUGGCUGAUUCAAGACCCUGCGGAGGAUCCCGCUCCUCCUCAGAGCUGUGUCCCAGUCUCAGGCCUGGUCUGUUGCGGAGCCUGUUGUUGGUCUUGUCUGGAGUCCGUCUGUAAUGUAGCAUUGGUGUUGGUUGGUCACCAGCAGAACCUGAAGUGGUCAACUCUGCCUUUAGCAGAACCAGUAUGGUCGGUCCUAAACUGGGGCGGCCAUCUUGCCUUAUCCUCAUGCGAGGACCUCCUUCCUAAGAGCUUCCCAGACCUUGUGCCACAACUGAAAUUGGGAGUAGCUUUGUGAAUUAUGUGAUUAGUGCACACACACACACACACACACACACACUCUCACACACACACACACACACAUACUCAGUCACUCAUACAUUGAGUAUUUAUGUUGACACACACAAAUGCAUGGGAAAGUCAGCUUUUUUGAAGGUUUUCUAGCUUUUUGCCAUUGUCGAAUGUGGAUGGUUGGGAAAAGCGUGGGGUGGCGGGUAGCCUACAUUGUAUGGAUAAUCCAGCAAGCCUUUAUUCUUGAAAGGAGGUUAGAAUCUCCUCUUUUAACAGUUAAAUAUUCCCAAGGACCCCUUUGUUUAGCCCAUGUUGUAGUGAAAAUGAGAAGUGAAUGGAUUGAACUCACACCAUGGUUUUGUUGUAGUAAAAAUGAGAAGGAAAUCGAUGAGAAGUUGAACUCACGACACUGCUGUGCUGGUUCCAGGGCAUCUGCAACUGUCCCUGUGGUUCUGUUGGUCCCGUUUUAAUGGGAGCUUUUAAAGAUGUCCCAGACUGAUGGGUUUUUAAAGUGUCUGCGUUUCAGUCUGAGUGGAGGCAAUGCUGGCCCACAGAAGGAUUUGGUGGUGAGCGGGUUUGUGUCAGUCAGUCAGCUGGUGUGUGUGUGUGUGUGUGUGUGAGACACUGAGCUGAGACUGAUAUCAGCUGUGUGUGUGUGUGUGAGAGAGAGAGAAUGUGACUGCGGAUAGCUGAGAUGUGCGAUCUGUACAGGAUCAGGGUCAGGUGAUGUCCAGAUGCUUCCAGCGACGUCGUUUCUCCCUGUGUGUCGUACACAAUCCCCACACACAACGGAAUAUAUGUGCAGUGUGUGUUUCGCAAGCUGGUUCUUGCUGACACACAUCUCCAGUGAAAACUCUUUUUUCUUUUUGAUUUUUCUUUUCUUGUAAAUCACUCACUCUGUCGCUGUUGCGGUAUCCCUCUCUCUCUCGUCUGGUUUUGUCUCUCCUGGUUUUUAUGUUUGUUAAAGAGCGAAAAGCGAAAAAAAAAGACAACCUGUAUAAAUGAAUUUUUGUUCUCUUGUACAUUUUUACAAAUAUAUCUGCCACUUUUUGUCUUCACUUUGAUUUCAUUUUGUCUGUAAUAAAUGUGUAAUAUAUAAAUAUAUACAAAUUUAAAAUUA